AUGACAUCUUCUCCAGACAAUGCUCUUUUGAAAUUUCCCAUAUUUGGUAUUCAAGAGGACACGGACUAUCCAGUCCCAUUUCAAGAUCCUUACAAAUUGGCGUUAUUUCGGCAGAACAAACGACUAUUGAUUGCAAAGAGAAAACUAGCCGUAGUCAAAGGAUCAAUCAUAACGAAGAUUUUGACAUAUGAAGAAGACAUUGUGACAGCAACAUAUACUCAUUUCUCAAAUUCUCAAGAACUAGAGGAGGUGUUGGUUGUUAGUUUAAAGAAGCAUAUUCACGUAUACUACGCUGAUGGGAAAUCUUAUGUGUGCAGUUUGCCCUUUGCAUUAAAAAAUGCAUUACCCUUUGAAUCUGGAUUAGUUUUGCAACGAGACCAAAAUGAGUCGUUAAUUCCCCACAAUGGUGCACUCUAUAGCAAUACUUCGCAUUUGAAUUCAGCUACAAUUUUGACUUUGGUUGACCCCAUGGGUGAUUUCCGAAUUGUGGCUACUGCAUCAACAUCAGUGAUUUCAUCAAAAGAGGAAGUAAUAACUUUCCCAAGAAAAGACAUGAACAAAGUGUGUUCACUUUGUGUUACUUUCAAUGCUUCGGAUGGGUCUAUUAGCAUUUAUCACGUCAAAGCUCCUAGCCGAACCACUACUUUUGGCAAAACACAACUGGCAAGAAAUCAGAAACGAAGGUAUGGUUCAAUCACCACGCCCAAUCCAUCACGCAUUUUGGAAGAAGAUAACGGACCUGAACCAUUGCACUCUAUUUCGCUCAAUAUGGAAAAGAAAAGAACAAGCACAUUAUUAUCUGAUAUAUCAUCUGUGGGAAGAGUGUCCAGCGAUUGCCACAGUUUGUCACAAGAUUUUUCCGGGUUCAAGAAGGAUAUGAUACUAUCGAGAGUUGAGACUUUUGGAAGCCGUUUACAAAAGGAUCAAUUGAGAAUUUUCAAUAUUUGGUUCGAAGAUCAAGAGGGCGUUGUAGUUUUCAACAGAAUAAAAAGGGAAUGUGCCGUUUUGAUUUAUAGAAAUCCCUCAUUUAGUCGGCAUCUGUCAGUUUUCAAAACACCGUGUCUUGACUGCAUCACCCUAAACUCUGCAAAAUAUGAGGGGAACUUAGUUUUAUUAACAGAAGAUCAAAAGUUUCUAAUCGUUAAUCCGUUUCUUGGUAUGAAAUCUACUUCUCAUACAUUUGCAAGCAAAUUCAAAGUCUGUUCAUUGAUUGACUCAUACGAUUCUAACUUAGCUUUGAAGUUGCUGGACGGAUCAAAUGUGAUAAUUAAGAUGGUGCUAGAGCCAUCUUCAGAACUCGUUAAGAUGUGUUUGCUGUGUUUCCAGUAUUUAUCAGGCUCUAAUAUCAACCAUAUUAUGUGGAUGUUGUGGAGAUCAGCCUAUUUGGAAGUCAAAUACGCCGACGAAUGGAAAGCAUUUGUCAUUGCUUUGUUGUCAUUGAUAUUUCCUUUCAAAGAAGGAGUACAAUGUGUUGAGAAUGAGAUUACUAAAUUACUACCAGUAGCAAAACGUGUUCACGAAACUUCAAAUGUGAACUAUAAUUUACAUGAUCUUAUUCCAUACAUCACCAUAUCCUUGCAUUUAGUUCGAGAAGAAAUAAGAUUAGAUUCUACAAAAGCCAAAUGCUUAACAAACAUGAAUUUGUUAUUAUGCCAGUUAACUACGUGGAUGGGUUGGCCAGCACCAUGGGUCAAGUAUUAUUCAAUCAAACCAGCAUGCAUAGAUCCGAGCACUCGAUUCCUACUGGCGUUAAUUCUUGAAACACCUCCAAACUUGUUGAGGUCUUUAGCAAGUUUGUUUACCAAUAACAUAGUAAGGUAUCUAACUUUCUCGCAAUUGGUGGAAGAAACAGAAACCGUUGAUUUGUUGGUAACUCCGAGAACCUAUUACGUCUUGAAACUAUUUGAAGUUCUUGUAUCAUCACAAUAUGGACCUAGUGCAAUUGUGAGUUUAAUGUUGGAGUUUGGGAUUACGAAAGACUUACUUGAAACGUACCCAUUGGGUAUAUCGAUACCUCUAAAGGAAGCCUUGCUGACAUGCCAAGAGAGCCCAGAGUUUGAAUGGACUUCUCAGACACUAGACUUGGUGGGUAGAAAAGAUUUGAAUAAGCUUCUUUCAGAUGUGGAUUUUAGUGCUGACAUUAAUACUGAUUCGCAUACAAGUACUCAAGAUUUGUCAUCCUUGCUCAACGAAGUUUUGGAAGAUAACGAAAACUUUUCUCCUUGGGAUGGGCAAUCAGAAGCAGAACGAAUGAAUAUUACAAAAUUGAUCUUUGAGGCUGACAGAAGAUAUUUUGAGAUAACAACGUUGCUACAUCAAACAAAAACCCAGACUGCUUAUCUCAAAGUAGAUGAGAAUGUGAGCGAGUACGAUUUGGUUUUACAACAAAGGGACUUGGCAGUAAUAGUAGCUCUUCGUACAUUGACUAUACCAUUGGGAAGGGCUGCAUUGGUAUACGCUAGUCGAAGGCCCUUAUUAACAGAAAAGUUCCCCAUUCCAAAAUUUAAUUUGAAUACAUUAAUAUUACCGACCAUGACAAAUAUUGUCUAUUCAGAAGAUAGAGUCCUGAAGUCUUUUUCAGAAUGGGGCCACUUCCAUAAUGGUGUUUCGUCUGGACUAAGCAUUGGACCAUUUGCAAAGGGUAUUAGCGGUAGUUGGAUAAUUUUCAAUAAGCCUCCAGAAUUGAAUUCCCAACAUGCUGGGUUUCUAUUGGGCUUGGGGUUGAAUGGCCAUUUGAAACGUUUAGAGGAAUGGCACAUCUAUAACUACCUUGGUCCUAAACAUCCACUCACCAGUAUUGGAUUGUUAAUCGGUAUGGCAGCUAGCUUACGCGGAACUAUGGAUAACAAAUUGACGAAAGUUCUCUCUGUUCAUGCAGUAGCUCUUUUGCCGCAAGGUGCUAAUGACUUGAAUGUCCCGACAAUGGUACAAACAGCAGGGUUAAUUGGAAUUGGUUUGUUGUAUUUAGAAAGUCAGCAUCGCCGAAUGAGUGAAGUGUUAUUGUCACAGAUCACUGCCUCAGUAUUGCAGAAUGACACCGAGCAAGUUCACGAAGGGUACAGAUUAGCAGCUGGUAUUGCACUAGGAUUCGUCAAUUUGGGUAAAGGAGAUGAUUUGAGGGGUUUGAAUGAUACCCACGUGAUUGACAAGCUAAUGGCUUUGGCUAUAGCUAUGAAAGAUUAUCAGCCAGUUCAAGAAUCAGGUAAGUCAUGUUGUGGUGCCAUAAUAGCGUUGGCAUUCAUAUAUUUGCAAACAGAGAAUCUGAAUGUUGCCAAUAAGUUGAAACUUCCAGAUACCGAGCAAAUGCUAGAUUAUAUUCGUCCUGAUUUGUUAUUUCUACGGUGCUUGGCCAAGAACUUGAUUAUGUGGAAUGAUAUUUCGUGCACUGAUACUUGGAUUACCACACAAAUGCCGUCAUCAGUCGCUCAGAAGUACAUGUGGGGCAAUGAACUGGGUUUUGAACAUCUUGAUGGUGACCAGUUAACGUAUUUCAACGUUUUAGGUGGAGCAUGCUUGUCGAUGGCUCUAAAAUUUGCAUCUUCCCAUAACUUGGAAGCCAGGGACACUGUACUAAAAUAUCUUGACAAGGUUAUGGAAUUGAGUUCAAAGCCUGCACUAAAUUAUGAUCAAAAAAUUGCGUACAAGGGGUGUAUUAAUCUUCAAAAUAUCUUGGCAUUAUGUGCUUCUAUAAUCAUGGCUGCUAGUGGUGAUUUGGAAGUUUUCCGUCGAUUACGUGUAUUACAUAAUGAUACAAAUAAAAAAAUGGGAUUUGGAUGUUUCAUGGCCAUUAAUACAGCUUUGGGUUUUUUAUUUUUAGGUGGUGGACAGUAUGCGUUUGAUAGCUCACCAUUCGCUAUUGCUUGCUUAGUAACAUCGUUGUAUCCAAUUUAUCCUACAGAGAAUAGCGAAUACGAAAUACAUUUGCAGGCUUUGAGACACUUUUGGGCAUUGGCAAUACAACCCAGAUGUUUGAUUGUUCGAGAUAUUAGUACAGGUAGACCAUGCAAGAUUCCAAUUUCAAUAAACAUGAAGAAUGGCUCCGUUAUAGAAAGUAUCUCACCCUGCCUACUUCCUGACAUCAACGACAUUCUAACCUUGAAAACAAAUUCGAGUGCUCAUUUCGAGGUUGUUUUAGAUUUUCUGCUUAAUUCCGAGGUGUUAGAGAAAUUCAUGCAAUCCUUGACUUUGUAUGUUGAAAAGAGUAAUAACUACACAGUUCUAAAACCAAAUGUGAGGUCGAUUUUACUGAAUUAUAGUCGACGGGUAAAACCAGAUGAAGAUACCACAAAUUUUUCAAGUCUACAAUUAUUAGGUAAUCUUGAGGAAAAUGCCAGAGCAGCUUGGUACCAUGAAAAUACUAAUCACGUUGAACUGGAUUUGUGUUCGUCUAGUGUACGUUCAGGGUUGUCAUUAUUCAACAUCAUUGACAAUCAAUUGGAAUUGAUAAACAAUGCACAAACACCAAAGUCCGUUGAAGAUAUAUGGAAUCUCAAAUUACUAUUUGAGUAUGCUAAUGACAUUGCUCGAAAUAACAAGUUGAAUUACAUAUCUCUUGAGUUCAUUGAAGGAUUAAGGCAUAAAUUAUGGAGAGUUCGUAACUAA